AUGGAUUCCUUCUCUUCCAAUUUCCUCUCACCAUUCUCUCUCUCCAUUACAAAACUCCAUGUUUGGCCGCCGGCGGUAAACAAAAUCCCUUCAACCAUUUACAUUUCCAAACCACGAUCUUGUCUUCAUUACGAGAAAAAACCCAUCAGGCGAAUCGGGUCAUCCUUAGCCGCGACAAUAUUAAACACAUUUGAUGAUAUAAUCAACAAAUUCAUUGACCCUCCGGUUCUCCGACCAUCCGUAGAUCCCCGGCUAAUUCUCACCGAUAAUUUCGCUCCGGUUGAUGAGCUGCCGCCGUCCGAGUGCGAGUUGAUAUUCGGCCAUCUUCCAAAAUGCCUUGACGGCGUUUACAUCCGUAACGGCCCAAACCCACAGUUUAUCCCUCGAGGUCCAUACCAUCACUUCGACGGCGACGGAAUGUUGCACGCGAUCCGAAUCUCGAACGGGCGGGCCACCCUGUGUAGUAGGUACGUCAAAACGUAUAAAUUCUCCGUCGAACGAGAAAUCGGUGGUCCGGUUGUCCCCAAUUUCUUCUCCGAUUUCUACGGCUUAUUCGGGUCGGUUUCUCGAGCUACCCUAGCCAUAGUCCGAAUACUCGCGGGUCAAUUCAAUCCUAUGAACGGAAUUGGCCUCGCGAAUACUAGCCUCGCUUUGAUAUCCGGUGGACUAUACGCCCUCUGUGAAUCUGACUUACCGUACGCCGUCAAGAUCUCUCCGGUCGACGGAGAUGUGGUCACCGUCGGCCGCCACGACUUUGGCGGAAAGCUACUCAUGAACAUGACGGCCCACCCAAAAAUCGACCCGGAAACAAAGGAGGCUUUCGCUUUUCGAUAUAGUCUUAUCCGUCCGAUUCUAACGUACUUCCGGUUCGACCCAGAUGGAAACAAACAACCCGACGUGCCGAUAUUCUCUGUGAAAAGUCCUUCCUUAUUCCACGACUUUGCCAUAACAAAAAAGUAUGCAAUAUUCGUGGACAUACAAAUCGGGUUUACUCCGUUGGAGGUGAUAUUCGGGUCUGGGUCGCCCAUAGGGGUUGACCCGAAGAAGGUGUCUCGGGUUGGGAUAAUCCCUAGGUAUGCAACGAACGAGGCAGAGAUGAGGUGGUUCGAUGUGCCCGGGUUAAAUUCCUUGCAUGCGGUGAAUGCAUGGGAAGAGGAAGGUGGGGAGACUGUGGUGAUGGUGGUUGCAAACAUAAUCACGACCGAGCAUAUGCCGGGGAGGAUGGAUUUGACAUUUAUUCGUGUGGAGAAGGUGACUAUUGAUAUGAGGAAUGAUGUAGUUUGCAUUCAACCUCUUUCCGAAAGAAAUUUGGAACUCGUUGUCAUCAAUCCAAACUAUACGGCUAAGAAAAUCAGAUAUGUGUAUGCUUCAAUUGGGGAUCCAUUGCCUAAGAUAUCGGGACUAGUGAAGUUAGACAUCUCAAUCUCGGAACAUGAUGGUAAGGAUUGCACGGUGGCUAGUCGGAUGUUUGGACCCGGUUGCUACGGAGGAGAGCCUUUCUUCGUGGCCAAGGAACCGGACAAUCUAAUGGCGGAUGAAGACGAUGGUUAUCUCAUAACUUAUGUACAUAAUGAAAAUACAGGAGAGUCAAGGUUCAUGGUUAUGGAUGCUCGGUCCCCCUUUCUUGAAGUGGUUGCGAUCGUGAGGCUUCCGCAACGAGUACCAUAUGGCUUCCAUGGACUCUUUUUGAGAGAAAAUGAAAUUAAGAACAUGUAAUUU